ACUUUAUUGCUGUAGCCAUUUUUAGUAACAGUUGGGGUUUUCCUACACUAAAUUUAGACCACAAUAUAUAUAAGAAUGUAAACACAUGGUAUUAUAAUCUUCCUUAGUACAGGACUAUAAUAGCUGACUAAAAGUCCAGGUUCUCAAAUAUGGCAAAUGUUUUGCAUCCUGAUGAAGACUGGCAAUCAAGAAGAUCUGUCAUAGAGUGUAACAAACAUAUGCUGGCCCAACAGCUUGGAUGUGAUGUAACAUUCAAUAUUGUCCGAGGAGAGACAGUACAGAUACGUGCUCACAAAUAUGUUCUUGGCAGUAGGAGUUGCGUAUUCUAUGCCAUGUUUUAUGGUCCAUUGAGCGAGAACACAGGGACAGAAAUUGAUAUCCCAGAUAUGACACCAGAACAGUUCAAUGAUCUCUUGCAGUUUUUGUAUACAGAUGACAUUAAAGUUACUCUUGACAAUGUUCUUUCCAUGCUAUAUGCGGCUAAAAAAUACUGUGUGCAGAGUUUGAUAGACAAAUGCCUGAACACGUUGAAGAGGCACAUGGUACCAGAGAAUGUUUGUACUGUCAUGGAAAAUGCCCAUUGUUAUGGUAACAAUGAUUUGAAGACUCGAUGCCAUAAUUUGAUUGUUCAAGAACCAGAGAGGGUUUUCCAAGCUGACGAUCUGGCAGAAUUGUGCAAUGAGUGUUUUAUCAGUAUAAUCAAAGAUGACAGUAUCCCUGUACAUGAAGAGAUCAUUUUUGAUGCCGUUAUAAAAUUUGGACAAGGUAAAUGUGUGAGAAAUGAUCAAGGUAUCACACCAGAAAAUAUGAAAAGAUUAUUAGCAGAUGUCAUACCACACGUAAGGUUUCCCCUUAUGUCUCAAGAGUAUUUUUUAAGCAAAGUCACUCCUCAUGGACUUUUGACAGAACAAGAAGAAUUGAAACUUUGUAAAUAUUUCUUAAAGAAAGUUGAUUACAAUGGAGAUUUCAAUGCAAAUAAGCGAAAAUUUAUAUAUACUGUACAGAGAUUUACUGACCUAGGGUCAGGGUGGGGGUAUAAGAGAGAUAAAUGUGAUGCUAUUACAUUCUCUUGUUCUCAUGAUAUAAAGUUACGAGCGUUUCUGAUUUAUGGGUCAAACCAGGGGCCAGGCAACUUGGAAAUUAGAAUGCACUUGAAACAAGAACCAUACAGGGCUAACGUUACUGUCAAAGGAGCCAUUGUAGAAACUGAUGGCAAACAAAAAAUCUACAAAGUGUUUUUUGAUGAUGAAGUAAUACUGAAAAAAGACAAGAAAUAUAUAAUGUCACUAGUUGUAAAAGGACCAACAACCUAUUACGGAACAGCUGGACAAGGAGAAUGUGUAAUUGACAAUGUAAAAUUUACUUUUGAAAAAUCUGAUUUAAGCACAAACAACACUACUACAGAACGUGGUCAACUUCCUGGUCUUGCAUUUGAACUGAUGCCCAAUCCUGUAGGUGUCCAACCCAUGGAAUUAUAAUCACUUGUACAAACAGCUUUUUUUAGGACAAUGUUUUGAGAGAGUUAUGAAAACACAACAGUUUCUAGAGAGUGUAUUGCAAUGUGUACAGGUUGACUGUAUUGUUAUAAAUCACAUGACUGUAUUGUUACACCACUAUCUAGAUGUAAAAGUUUUAAGAUUGUUAAUGAAACACAUACCGUAAGCAUUACUAAAACAAAUAUGUUUACAUGAAUACAUUGCAACCCUGUUAAAGCUCUAAUGCUCAGUAUAACACUCAUGGCCUUGGUUAAAAAAAAAUUCAUGUAUAUUGAUAAGUACAUUAAAUUCGCUGUAACACUUGUUCCAUGUGACUGUCAAGUACUCUAAACAAUUGUGAUUAGGAUACUCUUGAGACUUUGAACCCCAACAUUAGCAUUAAAGCAGGGUUGUACUGUACAGUAAUUAACUCAUUUUGUGGGAGUUCCUAGCUAGAAACAAAAACUGUGUAUGAAACAUUUAGAAGAAAAACCAUACUGUAUAAUAUCUUACAUUUAUGUUGAAAUUGUUAUGUGUUUGUAUUGUCAAUGAAUGUGAAUUGUUCUGUUGACCAGAUAUUAUUGUAAAUAAGCAGAUAUGUAUACACAAAUCAAUAAAGACAAAGCCUUGAUAUUAAA